AUGAUACACCCAUCUCGGCAAGCAUAUGUUGAGGAGGCAGAGGACACGGAUAUGGGAAUCGACCUUGCGAACAUCCCUACCGAUCAAGAUUAUGAGAUCCCUGCUACUGGAGCGGGCAUUCCCGCCGAACGGGCGUCCGCCAUAUACUCCCAAUUCGAGCGCAAACGAAGAGCAGCCGCGAUGACUGUACCGACGGACGACACCCGGGUGCGCGCACGGUUACGAGAGCUCCGUGAACCUAUUACACUGUUCGGCGAAGGACCCGCGGACCGGAGAGACCGACUACGCGAAUUGUUAACCGACUUGUCGGAACAACAGGGCGGGGAGGGUGAUAUUGAUAUGGAGGAACCCGAGCAGGAAGCCGAACAAUUAGAAGAGUUUUAUACAGAAGGCUCAAACGAACUAAAGGAAGCCCGCAAGGAUAUCGCACGCUUUUCUUUACCGAGAGCAAAGGCUCGCAUAGCACGACUGAAGGAGGAAUCAACAAUCCCUCUUCGAACCCACGUGAAGCACCGCAAAGCGAUCAAAGAAAAGCUGCAAGGAUUUGACCUAUACGGAUCUCAAAUCGCGGGUGAUCGGCCGAUCAGUAUUUGUCGCUUUGCGCCAGAUGGUCAGACUAUUGCGGCUGGAAACUGGAGCGGAGGUAUCAAGCUGCUCACAGUCCCCAACCUGGAGGAGAAGGCAAGCUUCAAGGGACAUACAGACAGAAUUGGUGGAUUGGCAUGGUUCCCGGGUGCUACCCUGCCCCAAUCCAACGUCUCACCCUCUUCAGUAAAUCUGAUCUCUGGAGGAGGUGAGGGAGACAUUAACCUGUGGGCACUCGACCAGGAAAAGCCCCUGGCAACACUGUCUGGUCACUCUGGCCGUGUUUGCCGAACAGAAUUCCACCCGUCAGGGCGAUAUGCAGCAUCAGCAUCCUUUGAUACCACCUGGCGCCUCUGGGACGUGGAGACAACAACAGAACUUCUGUUGCAAGAGGGCCAUUCGCGGGAAGUCUAUGCUGUAUCUUUUAACAACGAUGGUUCUUUGCUGGCUAGCGGUGGAUUGGACAGCAUUGGCCGGAUUUGGGACAUCCGGGUAGGACAGACGGUCAUGAUUCUUGAAGGUCAUAUCCGCGAGAUCUACGGGUUGGAUUGGGGUGUGGAUGGUUACCGGGUGCUCUCCGGAUCAGCAGAUGGAUGGGUCAAAUGCUGGGACCUGCGGCAAGUGCGCAGUACGGGCGGGAUUGGUGCACACAAGAAUGUUGUAUCGGAUCUCCGAUGGUAUAAGGGGUCCGAAUCGGCAUCCUAUCUGCCGUCCACGGACAAUUCAAAUGGCCAAAUGGAUGUCGACGGAGCUUCACCAAAACCGAAUGAGACCAAUUCGAUCGAACCUAAGAAAUCCGGCACAUUCUUCGUGUCCAGCGGAUUCGAUAAGAACGUGAAUGUCUUCAGCGCCGAUGACUGGUCACUUGUCAAGACAUUGAGUGGACAUGCAGGCAACGUCCUCAGCACAGAUAUCAGCGACGAUGCUAAAUGGAUUGCUAGCUGUGGUCAUGACCGGACAGUGAAGCUCUGGGGUAUCGAAUAA